AGGAGACUAUAGACAUGUUUCCACAUAAUUCUGUCCUAGAAAAUCUAAAUUGAAAGAGACCAUCAGCAGCAAAACUUGAGAGGUGUUUCUUUCUUGAUGCGAGUGCACUUCCAGCUGUUGACCCUUUAAAGCCCUCUUCCUCAAACCCUCUGCUUCCAUUACAUACACAGCUGAUACAUACAUAAAGCACAGGCAUUUGAACUGCUGAGUAUAUAUAUACUGUGAGAAAAAGGGGCCAACAGUAGUUCAAGAUUUUGAGUUUUCUAUACACCCUUUUCAUUUUUCUUUGUUUAUUUACUUACAAGUAGGAGAUAAGAUGGUUGAGGAAAUUUGUUUCUUUGCAAAGGAUAGUAUCAUCAUAAAACCUCCCAAGAAGUCUCCAGCAUUGUUAAGGAUGGUGGUUGUAGCUUUUACGCUGAUCUUUGGUAUUUAUAUCUGUUCAAUUUGUCUUAAACAAACUAACAUGGAGAAAACGAGCAAAUACUUGAACAUUGAAGUCAUAGAAAGGCCUUGUCAUAACUAUGACAUGGAUCGAUCCCAAAUUCCAUACGUGCAUUAUCCGAAGCCAAAAACCUUUAGCCGGAACGAAUGUGGCUGUAAUCCUGUACGGCUCUUUGCCAUUCUCUCAAUGCAGAGGUCUGGGAGUGGAUGGUUUGAGACACUAUUGAAUAGUCAUAUGAAUGUAAGCUCCAAUGGUGAAAUAUUCUCUGUCAAAGAUAGGAGAGAAAAUGCUUCUUCAAUCCUGAGGACAUUGGACACAGUUUACAAUUUGGACUUCUUUACGAGUGCUUCCAAAAAUCAUUGCUCGGCUGCAGUGGGCUUCAAAUGGAUGUUUAAUCAGGGGUUAAUAGCACACCAUAAGGAAAUUGCUGAGUACUUCAAUAAAAAGGGUGUUUCUGUGAUAUUUCUCUUUAGAAAGAAUCUACUGCGACGCAUGGUUUCUGUGCUUUCAAAUUCCUAUGAUCGAUAUGCCAAACUCUUGAACGGAACACAUAAGUCACAUGUACACUCACCUGAAGAGGCUGGUACUCUUGCAAAGUAUAAACCAGAAAUCAAUACAACAUUGUUGAUCACAGAUUUGAAGAGAAUGGAGGUAACAGCCACGGAGGCUCUGGAGUACUUUAACAGCACUCGGCAUAUGAUUCUGUAUUACGAAGAUAUAGUCAGAAAUCGAGCUAAAUUGGUAGAUGUUCUUGAGUUUCUAAGAUUGCCAAAUAUGGAUCUAAGUAGCCGUCAAGUCAAGAUACAUAACGGGCCAUUGUGGAAGCAUAUCAAGAACUGGGAUGACAUAAACAAGACCUUGAGUGGAACAGCUUAUGAGAAGUUCCUCCGAGCUGACUAUUAAUUAUUUUUGACUUGUCACUUUCAUUGAUCGAUGAAGGAGGUGUAGAUAUCAGCUGUUUUUCUUGCAAAAGCUGACUGGUAUACACUCAACUUGGAAAAGCUUACUGCUGCAUUUGCCUCUGAAGAUCAGUCGAAAUCAGCGUAGCACCAAGUUUUCACUCUCAUGUAUCUGUAGCCUUUUUUUAUUUACUUACUUUAUUCCGCUUUGAAGUGUGUAUAGCGAAGUAGUUAAAGUUGGGCAGUGCCAAAGGCAAGUAGGCAUAGAUUUGCAGGCAAUAUUUCUCUCCUUGUUUUCUCCUUUGUUCUUUUCCUUUCCCCCCUUUUUAUCUGUUAUUUGAUAAAGUAGUUAGCUUAUUUUCUACUUAGCAUUGUACUUUAUGAUGUUGAAUGCAGUCUUGUUAACGGUCCAACAAUUUUUGUAAUUUCCACUGGGCAAAUAGUGUAAGUAAAAAAGGCCUUUUGAAUCG